AUGUUUAUCACUGUGAAGUUCGGAGCUGGUUGCCAGGAACUGAUGAACCCCCGGUGCAGCCUGGUGAACUUCACUGUGCAUCUGAAACAGAAGGCUCAGAUCCCCCCAGAAGUAACCAUUGCCCUCCUGGCUGAGGAUGGGCACCUCGUGAAGUUAGAAGAGGAAGUCACCCAGGCCCCUUCCAUGGCCUGUUCCCUGCUACAGGAGCAAAGGACCUAUGUCCUGGUACAGGUCAUUAAAGGGAAAGAUGGGACCUCCACUCACUAUGAGUCGCUACUGGACAACCUGGAUGACCAAUAUCCAGAGUUAGCAGAGGAGCUGUGCUGGCUGUCCGGCUUUCCAACCACAAGCAAUGGUCAGAGAAGACGCACAGGCAUUUGGCGUGGCCAACGGGAACAAGGUCCCUCUUCCAGGUCUCGAAGGGUGACCUCCACCUCCUCUAGAAACCGCUAA